AUGAAUAUAUCCAAUGAUUCUCCUAUUCCUCUAGGCUUUGUUAGUGAUGUUCCAACUACUCUUGCAUGGGAAAAUGAUGAUUUCUCAGAAGAAACUAGAUCUAGCAAAGGGACAACUCACAUAACUGAGGGCAUUAUCAUUCAAAGGGAGCAAAGUACAAGUACUUUGUUACAGAGACGAGAUAUCAGGUCAAGAUCCCUCCCAGCAGAUAUCAGGUAUAUCAGGUCAUUCGCAGGUCAAGAUCCCUUCCAGCACCAUCACACACAUUAAUCCUUAUUUUCUUGGAAAAAGAAAAACUGUUAAUUUAAACGAUGCCAUGCAAAAUAAGGAAAUCGAGGAAGAACAUCAUAUAUUACCUCAGAUUGAUGCUAAGAAGAAUGACCUUGCAUUCUGUCUAUGCAGAUACCUUGGUAGGAGCAGUGCAAAUUCUAAAUUGGACAGGAUUUAACACCAGACUAGCUGUCAAUAGAAACAUACAUCCCCAGUCAAAACUUGGGUAUCUACCUGUAAUUGCUGCUUCCCCUACAGAACUGUCAACAGUAAACGAAAUAUUGAAUUGAGGCCAUUUAUGCCAAAAUUCAACAAAUAAGAUGAAAGGAUGAAAGAUACCUUGGCCAAUUUGUUGUCCUACUUAGAGAUUUCCACAUGGCAAUGGCAUUCUGUGGAGCUAUAUCAAAACUCUUCAAAGAUGCUGGAUUACAGGACGGUAUAGUAUUUUUGAUAUCUUUAUUUUUUCCAAUUAGGUCUGACCAAAAAAUAAUAUGUUAACCCUCCAAGUGGCAAUGCACCCUGAUGCGCCCUAUCUUAUUACGUAUUUUACUCUGUCUAACGCCAGACGAUUUUACUUGUCAAGUGGAGAGUGCUGCCACUGAACAGGUUAAAUUGUCAAUCAUUUUUUAAUAGGACGUUCUCAUUGAGUCUGAAGUUGUAGCAGCUGGAUCCAUUAAUGGAGUUAAAAGAUCAAAGUUCAUAGGCAUCCCUGUAACAAUCUACCUUGCCUCUCACAAUACCUUUUUACUCACACAUUUGUUUACACAGAGUAACAUGGAUACUUACAGGGGAUUUUUAUACCAUUUUAAUAAUUUACAAUUAUAUUAUAGCCCAUUUCCCUUUACAAACCUACCAAGACCCUAACCCAACCCUAAUCCCUGAUAUGACCGAAAUUGAUGAGGAGGCCCUUUUGGCUGGUGACAACUCUGACAACUAUAACGAAAACUUCACUAUGAACAACAGUCUAGAAAUAGAUGAACUUUGUCUGUAUGACAUGGAGGACAAAGCAACAAAUGAACAUGAACAAAACACCGGAUCACCAGACACUGACAAACAACAUAUAAACGAACCCAGCAUUGAACAAAACAUUACUGAACAGUGUAUGGACAGACCAAACACUGAUGAGGUAGACAUGGACAUAACUGAAGAGGCGAAUAACAAUGACGCCAACUCACACCAAAACAGUUCUACUAACCAACACCAAUCUCACAACAAGGACAACAUGCACAACCAUACACAUAACAGUAUUGACUUUAUCGACGUGCCAAAACACUUACUAACAUCUUUUAUGGACUUAAAAUAUGACACAACAAACUACUUACAAACCUGGAAAACUUACAAGAACACAGGAAAACAAAUACAUUACCUCCUGGCCUGA